CAGGCGAAUAGCUUCUCAUGGGGGUCCUGAAACACGUCACGAGUUUGAGGAGCCAUGAGUUCAAAUUCCGACGAGCAAAUUGCAGACAUUCUGGAUGAGAUUUACACCUGGCUCGAUCAGAUACCCUUCUCCCGGCCGAGACGAAAUCUCGCUCGAGAUUUUUCCAAUGGAGUAUUCAUGGCGGAGUUGUUGAAGCAAUAUUACCCGAGGCACGUGGACCUCCACAACUACUCCCCCAGCAACAGUCUCUCGAAAAAGCUCGACAACUGGCGAACGCUGAACAGAAAAGUCCUGUCGAAAAUCGACAUGAGGUUGACUGACGACGUGAUCUACCAGAUAGCCUCGGCCCAGAGCAGGGCGAUAGACUCGGUCCUCGUGAGACUGAGAGCGAGAAUUCUGAAGGAUUGCAACGACGAGAGGAGGUCCUUGUACACAGCCAGCGACACAGGAAUGUCCAGCAACCAAGUUGACUCGGUCCUGGACAUGGACGAGGUGCAGAACAAGAAAAUUCCAAGAUCAGCUUUUCUCAAAUUGAAGCAGGAGCUGCAGGAGAAGAACGACAUGGUGGCGGUGCUGGGGGACAGGGUCUUUCAUCUCGAGAGUUUGAUUAAACUCAAGGAUCAGAGGAUCGCAGACUUGUCGACGCAAUUGACGAGACUCAACAAAUGA